AGCCCACUUGAACAACAACUCUUUUUGGCGGGACAAAUUACCCAAAUAAAUUCACCACUAGUCCAGUACCAUUCUCCAAGAAGAAAACAGAGUGAAGAAGAUGAUGAAAAUUAGGUCAAAAUCAAGCACCAACCGAACGAUGCUCACCGGACGCGAAAGCCUGAUCAGAUUAAUCGGAAAACGCCGACGAUUUCUCCCCAAUCGUCAAUCUAUUCUAUCGGAUCCGAUUCAGAGUGUUGUGAAAGAUGAAAAUGAAACAGAAAAGUCGUUAGAGGAACGGAGUUCGGGUUCGGAUUCGGAUAUGGUUACGUGUCCGGUUUGCGGGAAUAAGGUUCGUGGAGAAGAGUAUAUGAUCAACUCACAUUUAGAUGCAUGUUUGACAAGAGGGACUAAAAGGAAAUUAAGCCAGCAGACGCUUCUUCAGUUCAACUUCAGCCCCAGAUCAAAAGCCCAAGUUGACCAAACAAAUCUGGAUGACACAAAAUCUAACCCUACUUCUCAUGAUAAGGAUAUGACAGAUUCGAGUGUGGUAGAUAUCGACGAAGCUAACAGUAUCACAUAUGAGUCAUCAAGUUCAGACAAUGUUUCACUUGCUUAUACAGAUGGUUCAGCAGAAACCUUAGUGACUGAUGACAUAAGCAUCGGGGGUCGUUCAACUAUAAAUGAUGAUGAAAAUGUUAAUUCAGAUGAUGACAUAUCAGGGAAAUUGCUUGCAACCUUUAUUGUUGGCCGACGGUAUUGUGAAGAAGAGGAGUUACAUACAGGAAACAACGUAUCUCUCUGUAGAGAUCCUGAAAAUAUUAAGGACUCUAAUGCCAUUAAGGUUCUUUCUGCAGAUUCUGGAUGCAUUAAAGUGCUUGGUUAUAUACCUCGAGAGCUAGCUGAACACUUAUCGAAGUUAAUGGACACAUUUGGCAUAAGCUUUGAGGGUCGUAUAAUGUCGGUCCCUGAACAAUCUCGUGCUGUUGUCCCAAUUCAAAUUUGGUGUCAAGAGAAGAUUUCUUUUAGUGAACUCGAAGACGAAAAAGUUAAAGUUUUACAGUCAUUAUGCCGACAUGUUAUAAAUGCAGUCAAUUUAGGUGAGACGGCACCCCUUGGCAUGGUGAAGUACCAACAGAAUUUUUGCCUGUUGCUACAAGAGGUUUUGAAGUCGACCCCUCAUGUUUUUACACAUGAUGAAAAGACUUUCUUAGAAAAGUUUCUUUUGCUUUCUAAUGAUAGUCAAAGGCUCUUCAUUCGUCUUUAUACACGAAAAGGUCCAUGGUUUCGAAUGUCUAGUAUAUCCUAUGCUGAAAUAUUGGACAACCAACUUGCAGUGAAGGAACUCUCUGAAGCAGGUUAUAUUUGUUCCACUGAAACCACAAGUGAAUUACACAAAGAUGAUUUGGAACAAAUUUUGAACAUUCUUACUGUGGGUGAGCUGCGGGAAAUUCUAAGUGCGACUAAUAAGAAAUGCAGUCAUAGUUCACGCAAGCAAGAGUCCAUUUCGUUACUUCUUUCUGCAUACGGGGAUCGAUCAAGCUCAUUGCUAUAUAAAAUGGUCCUGGAGAAAACUGGCACUUGCAUACGUAUUUCUUCAGCAGCCGAUUCCCUCGUUUGGCGCGUUGAGAGGCUUUUCUUCUGUAACGGGGAGCAAGAUCUGUCGGCAUUUUUACUAGUGGAUUUGGGAAUCGUGAAGUAUCCAACUUACAAUUGUAUCGUCACUGACCAGUUGUUUUCUAGUCGAAAUGAUUUACUAUCUUAUGAGGAGGCACUCGAAGUAGCACAAAUCAUGGAUGAAUCUCUUGAAGAAGAUGACUCAUCAAUGGUCUUGAGAUGUAUAGCAAUAUCCAUUUCCCGUAUAUCUAGCUGUGCUGCAAAAGCUAUUAAAUUCUCGUGCUUUUCGGCAUCGUGGGUCUACUCCAAGGUGGUUCUUUUAGGCGUUUCUUUUCUCGAGUCUGAACGUAGGCACACUGAUGCAAUUGAUUUACUUAAGCAUCUAUUACUUAAUUUUGCUAAAGAUAGAAGAAGAGGUUAUUGGACACUAAGACUCUCAAUUGAUUUGGAACAUCUGGGUCGGGUCAAUGAGAGCCUAUCUGUUGCUGAAAGUGGAUUAGAUGAUCCAUGGGUUCGUGCGGGCUCAAGAGUAUCAUUGCAAAGGCGUGUACUUCGAUUAGGAAGACCGCCAAGACGGUGGAAAGUUCCUAGUUAUUCUGAAUCUGUCAAUAGAAAGAUCCCCGAGGUUCAUGUUCAAGGUAGGCCGAUUAACUGUAAAACCGGGACAAAGAGCAGGUUUUACGGUGAAGAUGGAGAACAAUGUGGGGUAGAGCAGCUUGCUCUUCAGUAUUAUGCGGGUGAAGAUGGUGGUCAAUGGCAAGGUGUUCAUUCAGAAAGCGGAAUUUGGUUGACGGUUUUUGGACUUCUUAUGUGGGAUGUUAUCUUUUCUGAUGUGCCAAACGUCUUUCUCACCAGAUUUCAGACUUCACCCUUAGAUUUAGACACAGAUUACUUUUACGAAGCUAGAAAAAGCAUCAUAGAACAAUUAUUAUCAAAAAUUCAGGAAGGCAUGGCAGAGGAAAUACUCAUAACUUCAUGGGAAUCACAUUUUGGAACAUCAUGUCGAGGUGUUAACUGGAACAGACACUCGUUAACUGAACUCCGAGCAGUUGUGACUUGCAUAGGUAGCGGUUGCAUGGCAACCAUCUGUCGACACCUGGCACAAGACUACAGGAGUUGGUCUAGCGGCAUGCCGGAUCUACUAUUGUGGCGGUUUCAUUCUGAUUAUAGCGGUGAGGCAAAACUUGUUGAGGUUAAAGGGCCUCGGGAUCGUCUUUCUGAACAACAACGUGCAUGGCUUCUGUUUUUUAUGGAUUCUGGCUUCAAUGCUGAGGUUUGUAGGGUUAAUCCUCCAGUUUCCAAGUAAGAACAGUGAGAGUUUCCAAGUAAGAACAGUGAGUUGUUUGAUCUGUACAGAUUUAAUUUGUAUAACAUUAAACAAUAUUUAACAAAUUAAUAUAUAAAUAUAGAAACAUUCAGUGAA